UCCAACGUAUAUCCCACGCCUUUCUCCCUUAACCAGUUGUGUGUAUCAAUAAAGACACCUCACCAACAUGCGUUAAACCAACUGUCCUGUCCUUUUGCUUUCUGGGCUGUAAUUUGGAUUCUGAAAUCAUGGCUGCUUCAUCGUCAUGGAUUAGGAACUUCUUGAUAUUAUUGGUUCUAGUGCACAGAGUAUUUGGUGCGUGUAAAAAUUGUUACACGGUUUCUAGGGCAUCAUACUAUGGCACAGUCACAAACGACCUUGGAAGUCCCAAUGGCUCGUGUGGAUAUGGUAGUUUUGGGCAGAGUCUAAAUGGUGGCGAUGUCUCUGCUGCAUCAUCUAAGUUGUACCGAAGCGGCAUGGGCUGUGGUGCUUGCUAUCAGGUGAGGUGUGGCAAUGAAGAUCUGUGCAGUGAUGAUGGAGUAAAGGUGGUAGUGACAGACAUGGGGGAAGGUGAUGGAACCGACUUGAUCAUGACCCGCCAUGCUUUCUCCCAGUUGGGUCUUGAUCAAAGUUCCUCUGAUCAGCUUCUAGCAAUGGGAACUGUCACUGUUCUAUACAGAAGAGUAUCAUGCGUAUACACAGGCAAAAAUCUCAUGGUCAAAAUUGAUGAGAGCAGCAAUAAUCCCUCGUAUCUGGCUUUUCUGUUCUAUUACCAAGCAGGCUCAAAAGACAUAUCUGCAGUCAAUGUCUGUGAGACCAGAAAUUUGGAAUGUAAGUUGAGGACUCAGACCCGCGGAGCAUUGUGGGAAGUAGUGAUACCUCCCAAAGGCUCUCUUUCUAUUCGGCUUCUAGUCACUGACAGUGAUAGUGGGCAGGAACAGUGGAUUACCUUUGCCAAUGUCAUACCCACAAACUGGCAACCGGGUGCUCUGUAUGACUCUGGAAUUCAGCUAGAUAGUUGAGCCACUCAUUAUUCUUUUUAUUAUUCUAUUGCUUUUAUGUUACAACUCACUCCCUGCAACUUUGUACCAUAAAAUUAUAUUCAUAUCCAUUAGAGAGAUCAUUCUGAAUACUGUAGUCUGGUACAUCACUUCUGUUUUGAGACAGUUAUUUACAUUAUUAAUUAUAAAUGCAUUGAUUAUUGCAUUGA